AAUAGUCCACAGCAUUUGAAUAUCCAAGCCCCCCUGCGUCCAUCUUAUCGGUCUCUUAUCGGUCACGACGCUCACGCCCUCAAAGAUUUCAUCAUUAGUGGCUAUUUCUGUGCUUACCUUUUCUCCUACAUCAUCCUUUCUAGCCACUUGUUUGUCGCCAUCAAUGGCUGAUCGUGUGCCUUUGCGCACAGCAUGCCUUCCAAGUUCCCUGAGAUCCAGGGUGGAGGAUCUCUCAUUUUAGCCUGGCAGAUCAAGAACAAGCAAGUUCUUGUGGUCGGCGGCGGUGAGGUCGCCGCCGGUCGAAUCGUCAACCUACUGAAUGCCGACGCCAAGGUGACGGUCGUCUGUCCUCGUGAUGGAUUGAAUCCAGAGGUGGCCUACCGUGUCGAGCAGGGGCAAGUCAAGCACAUCGAUCGAGUUUUCCUUCCUAUCGACCUCGAGCCCGAAAAGAACGUCGCCAUGGUUCUGACCGCCAUCGACGAUCCUGAAGCCUCGACCCAGAUAUGGCAAUACUGCAAGAAGCUCAAAAUCCCGGCCAACAUCGCGGAUGUGCCGCCUGAGUGCGACUUUUACUUUGGAAGUGUCCACCGGGACGGACCUUUACAAAUCAUGGUGUCUACAAAUGGGAAUGGGCCACGGAUGGCCGCUGCCAUACGUCGGCAGAUAGGCGAGAUGCUCCCCGCGGGCACAGGAGACAGUAUCCAAAAAGUGGGAGAUUUGAGGAGAAGACUUCGGCGCAUGGCACCGGGCAAGACAACACGCGACAUCACCAAGAGAAUGGCUUGGAUGACUCGAGUGUGUGACAGCUGGAGUACCCAAGACUUUAAUGACAUGGACCAAGAUGACAUGGAGCGACUCGUUCAGUAUUACGAGAAUGGAAAGGUCCCUAGCUUUGAGGAAAUUCGACUGGGCUCGCGUGAUGAUGAUGUGGUAUGGGAAUUUGACGGGUCAUUUGGAUGGAUGGUGUAGGUAUCUCUACAUGAUAAUACAUUAUAUGUUCGACGAUCAAA